AUGCGCCCUCUUACAGAUCAGGAGAUGAAGAUUGUGUUGGACAAGUUGGCCAACUACAUGACCGACCUCAAAAGCCUGAUCGCUCCUCUCGAAGAUGGCGACCGUUACGUUUUUCGCAUGCAAAAGGAUCGCGUCUACUACGUCAAGCUGUCCAUUGCCAACAUUGCUACCUGCGUCGCCCGCGACAAGCUCCUCAGCCUCGGCACCUGCUUAGGCAAGAUGACAAAGUCGGGGAAGUUCCGGCUGCAUAUUACGGCCCUGCCUAUCCUUGCCCAAAACGCUCGGUAUAAGAUUUGGGUCAAGGAUAACGGUGCGCAGCCGUUCCUUUAUGGCUCGAACAUUGUAAAGGCGCACGUUGGCCGAUGGACGGAGGAUUGCCCCGAGCAUUCGGGCUGCGUUGUCUACAAUAUGGCGGAUAUUCCUCUUGGUUUCGGCGUGACUGCCAGGAGUACGGCUGAGGCGCGCCGUCUCGAUCCCACGGGUAUUGUCUGCUUUAGGCAGGCUGACUGCGGCGAGUACCUGCGCGAUGAAGACACUUUGUUCACAGGCGCAUAG